CGAACUCAUGCCACCUUAGUCUCACAAGGGAGACUAGAAAAAUAGGGGUGGUACUCGAAAGCCUGAAUACCAUGUACGUACACUAAGCCCGGUCAGUGAUGUCGGACUGCUAAGUCCCGCACAAUCACAGCUAUAAGAGACGCAAUUACGCAUGAUCUCUUACGCAUGCAUAUGAUAUGAUAUGCUACAAUAUGUGUGAUGAUAUGAGUCAUAUGAUAUGAGCAAUUUGUAAAUAAUAUGAAUGGAUAAAUAUACUUUAUUUUAUUUGGGUGAAAUCUGAUAAAAAUAUCAUUUAAUUAAGCUACGGGGCUCGGAACGGUCGACCGUUUGGCGCGACGGUCGACCUUGAUCUUCAUCAGGUCGGAUUGGCGAUUCACCGUGACGGUCGACCGCGGUUGACUGGCGGUCGACCGUUGUUGACUGGAGGUGGACGGCGGUCCUUGGCUGGGCAGGCGGCGGUCGACCGUCAGCCGUCGGCGGUUGACCGUUUGGCUGACAGUCUUGGUUCGUCACGAAGUUUAACGCGACGGUCGACCGUUUGGGUCUGCGAAUCUUUCUCUUGAUAUUGUGAGUGUCCAAAAUACUUCUUUAAGUCUUUUAGACACAUUUGAUUAAUAUAUACAUAUUGUUGGGUUGAUUUCAAUGUUUGUAUAUACUUAUGUAUAUAUAUAAUAACUUAUGGAUUUGGUGUAUUUUGGUCUUAACACAAAGAUGACUUAUAUAUGUAUCACAUAUUUAUUUCGGGAUGAUUUCAACAUAUGGAUUAACAUAUAUGUUCAUGUAUGUAUGUGAUGAAUGAUUCAACAAGUCUAACGCAAAGGUACAGACCUGGAAAUCAUAGGCCGAAACCUUACGGAUGAGCGGGAGUGGAAACAACAUCGAAAUUUGCCAACUUUGUCAUUUCCGUCAUAAUUGGACAGCCUGCGGUAUUUUGGGCAUAUCUCCAUCGUUUCUUCACGGAAUUGCAAACCGUUUGAUUCUGUGGAUUCCUAAGAUGUAAGGCUAUAACUUUCGUAUAGAAAGUAUUUCGAUUUAACAGAUGUAAGAUAGCGUAAAUCAGACCUGAAGUCAAGGGAUAGUUGCUGUCCAGAAUUUUUGAAUACUCCGGUGAACAACGAUUCCGACGAUUAACUCACUAACUUCAAUAUUCCAACACCGAACCUUCUCUACGAUACCUUCCGGAUGUUUCUAAUAAUCGUUAGAGAGUUUAUGGUAAGUAUUUGAAAUGAAAUAAUAUGAAUUUGGUGAAGAAAAUGGUCCAACCUGAGGAGCUCGCCACCACUGGCGCAGUCCCGGUAUUUUGGCCAUAUCUUCUUCGUUACUUAACGAAAUCGCGAGCCGUUUGUUGGAAUGGAUUCGUAUCGUCCGAGGCUACAACUUUGGUUUAGAAAGUAUUUCGCGAGAAUGGAUGGAAAAUUUCAGUUUUUACCUCAAAGUGGACUGAUAUGUUUUGGUUUCAGGAUUUUGAGACUUUAUGAGGCGAGAUUCUCUCUCUAGCCAUGGGAAAGAGAGGGCGACCGCCAAAACCUAUCGGAAAAGACACCGGAGAUGCGAUUGCUACACCGUCGAUUGAAGAGAAGGCAACAGAAAAGGAAGACCCUGAGGUUUCGAACAAGAAAUCACCUACUGGAUGUGCUACACCCAUCCAACCACAACCAGAUCUGGAGAUCGAGGAGUUGAUCGCGACAGAGGAAGAGGCUGAGGAUAAGUCUGAAGAAAAAAAAGCUACGCUGAUGUUGUUGGCAGAUCAGAGGGCAAACAGUUCUAACACAAAUUUGGCAAAAUUUGAAAAAGAGUUGACUCAAGAGCUACACCAAAAACUCAGAGCUAGCUUCCUCAUGAAAUGUCAACAAUCAAAGGCAGACUGGAUCACAUAUGGGGAUCAAGAUACUAAGCUUUUCCAUGCUUGGGUGAAGAAAAGGAGAGCCCAAACUCAUCUUACUGCGAUUGCUAAAGAGGAUGGAGAAGUAGUGGAGGGGAAAACCAAAGUGGCUAAAGUACUAGUAGAGUUUUAUCAAAAUCAACUAGGGAGGACAAUGGAGACUGAGGAUAUUAACCCGAACAUUAUCUCUAUGGGUAAUACACUUUCAAUUGAUCAGCAGUUGGCCUUGAUUGCUCCUAUAACCCCUGAUGAGAUAAAGACUAGUCUGUUUGAGAUUCCUAAUAAUAAAAGCCCGGAGCCAGAUGACCUCACUGGCCCAGCUGUGAUGGCUGCUGCCUCCAUCGCUGUCGGCCUUCGAGGCGUUCUCUUACACGUUGCCAUUGUCCAGGCUGCUCUGCCUCAAGGAAUUGUCCCCUUUGUCUUCGCCAAGGAAUAUGGCGUGCACCCUGACAUUCUUAGCCCUGCAGUCAUAUUUGGGAUGCUAAUUGCCUUACCAAUAACGCUAGUCUACUACAUUUUGCUGGGAUUAUGAACAUGAUGGAAAUGGCGGAGAUUCCAUGGAAGUCAUCUUCCACGACGAAUGCGGGACAAUGAUUCAUGCUCAACUUAAGAGUUCCGAAAAGAAGCGUUUUGAAAACCAAAUUGUUGAAGAUGGCGUCUUUGGAAUCCGAAAUGUUUUUGUUAGUGAUAAUUACCAAACAUGCAAAACAACUUCGCAUAAAUAUUUGUUGGUUUU